AUGCACGGUGACGGUUUGGGGCGUCUGCACCCCGGUAAGGUGUUCCUUACCAUUGACGAGAUUAAAAAUGGCAUAUCUUCCUAUCAGAUCUUCGAUGUCCGCUACGACCUCCGCAAUAAAGAGUACGGUAUCAACCAAUACAACAAAGGGCAUGUCGCGCGCGCCACAUUUGUCGACUUGGAUCGACACCUUAGCGGUCCCGUCGUGGAAUGCAGCAAAGCACGGCACCCCAUGCCAGACCCGCACGAGUUUGUCGAGUGGUGCAAAUCCAAGGGAAUUGGCCACUUCAAGCCCGUCCUUUGCUACGAUGACGAAUGUGGGGCGAUGGGGGCGUGUCGGAUGUGGUGGAUGCUCAACGCCCUUGGUGUCGAGGCUUACGUAAUGACAUGUGGAUUCAAAGCAUAUGAAGCAGCAGGUCUGCCCGUCGAGUCCACACCGUAUGACAAGAACCAAUCGACAAGCUAUUGGCCUUACGCAACAGAGUUUAAGAGGCUGUUGAAAAUCAAAGACAUUCCUCCCUGCGCACAUAUGGUCGACACACGACCCGCGCUGCGCUUCAACACGACCGUGCGACCAUACGGACCCGACGAUAUCCCUGGUCAUAUCGAAGGCGCGGUCAACCUUCCGUACGAUGUGAACAUAUUGUUAGUAAAUCGGCACGAAAAACGUUUGAGACCCAAUGACGAAUGUCGUAGUAACACUCUUAAGCUUCUUCAAGGAAUGUGGGGUGGCGGUGAGCCUAAUAUUUCCCACUGCGUAUUUUACUGCGGUAGUGGGGUGACCGCUGCAUUCAGCAUUGCAGUUGCAUAUCACGUCGGACUCGGCGAGCCCUAUCUAUAUGCCGGUUCGUGGUCCGAAUAUGCAGACACAUUUAACUUUACACUGGCGCGCCGUAUCAUUAAAGAGCACGGCUUGCUCAUAAGCAUGGUCUCAUCAAGUUUGCCGUAUAACAUGAAAGCUACUCUUAACAACGUUACCCUUGUUGUUGAUGGUGUGGUUGUAAACAAUCCUGAUGAGGAACUGAAACAGGCGCUAGUGCACCUCCACAUUGGUGAAAAAGCACAUGUAACGUUCAAAAGUCAGCGACAGGCUGUCAUAGAGGCUCAUCCUCGCAUAGACACGUAA